AUGAGAAUUGUGGAGGAGGAUAUACCCAAGACCGCAUUUAGGACUAGGUAUGGACACUAUGAAUUUGUGGUGAUGCCAUUCGGGUUAACUAAUGCCCCAGCAGCCUUUAUGGAUUUAAUGCAAAGAUAUUUUAAGCCAUACCUGGACCAGUUUGUGGUAGUUUUCAUUGAUGAUAUUUUGGUAUAUUCGAAGAGUCCUUUUGAGCAUGAAGAACACUUGAGGAUUGUUCUAGGGAUUCUACGAAGAGAAAAACUUUAUGCGAAGUUUAGCAAAUGUGAAUUCUGGUUGGAGCAGGUCAUGUUUUUGGACCAUGUAGUGUCUAAGAGAGGAAUUUCCGUAGACCCUGAGAAGAUCAAGGAGAUUAAGAAGAUAAAAUUUGAUCGAGGUAAGGUAGCAGGCCCUCUUCAACCGUUGCCAGUGCCUGAAUGGAAGUGGGAGUCGGUCUCCAUGGACUUUGUUGUUGGCCUACCCAGAUCAAGAAAAGGAAAUGACUCAAUAUGGGUAACUGUUGACCGGCUCACGAAAACGAGUCGGUUUAUCGCUAUGAAAAGCACGUGGAGUAUGAAACAAAUGGUUGAGUCAUAUGUGAGAGAAAUAGUUCGACUUCAUGGGGUGCCAAGAACCAUAAUAUCGGAUAGGGAUACUCGUUUCCUCUCGAGCUUUUGGCAGAGGUUACAGGAGGCAUUUGGUUCAAAGUUAAAAUUCAGCACAUCGUUUCAUCCAGCUUCGAUGGUCAGACUAGAGGACCAUUCAAGUACUGGAAGACAUGCUUAG